UCAGGAGGUUCUCGGGGUUCGGGGCUUCGAGGCCGGCUGUGCCUCCGUUUCCAGGGUGGGUCAUGGCUCCAAACAACCCGUGCAACUUGUGUCUCUUGAACCGGAGGGCCCCAGCGCGCCCCUUCCACCCUUCCUGCUCGGGUUGGGGUUCCAGGAUAGGUUCCUCCCGAUGCCCCUGACGUUUUGCUCCGCUUUUCCCGCAGAUUGGUCGCCAGCAUGGCCUCGGGUCUCGCCUGGAAAGUGAUGUCUGUCCUCCGGCCCCUGCUGCAGCCCGGCGCGCGGCUCCUCCUGCAGCCCAGCGCAGGCCCCCUGGCGUCCAGGCCGUUCUCGCUCCUGCUGCGGCCGCUGCGCCCCGACGCAACCGCGGCCUGGCUGCUCCCCGACCGCCUCCAGGCCUGCCUGCCGCCGGCCCAGGGCUUCAAGACCAAGGGCGUGCUCAAGAAGCGCUGCAAGGACUGCUACCUGGUGAAGCGGCGCGGCCGCUGGUUCGUCUACUGCAAAACCAACCCCAGGCACAAGCAGAGGCAAAUGUUGUAACGCGCGGGGCGGCUCGGACUCGGAGCAUUAAAAUGUCUUGGGCCGA